AUGGACCAUUCACGACUAGAUGUUGAGACUGAUGGCCGUGAAAAGAAUUUAGCUGAAUUCUUGGCCAUGAUGGACAAUUACACCCCAAUCAUUCCUGAUGCAGUAACAGACUAUUAUUUGAGUCGAACAGGGUUCGAUUGUGAUGAUGUGCGGAUAAAAAGACUUUUGGCAUUGGCAGCUCAGAAAUUUGUUGCUGAUAUUGCUACGGAUGCAUUCCAGUACUGUAAAGUACGUCAGUCAGGAAACCGCAGAACUGGAAAGGAGCGUAAGACAGUUUUGACAAUGGAGGAUCUUUCGACUGCUUUGGCUGAAUAUGGUGUGAAUGUAAAGAAACCAGACUAUUACUCGUAA